AUGGACGAUUUAUUAAUAUUAAGGUUUAAGGUUAUCAAUAUUAAGGUGAAAAGGUUAAACAGUACAAAAGUUGUAGAGAAUAUCGAUCGAUAUUUUAUCGAGUUUUGGCAUCUUGAAGGUCAACCACACGACCAUUACUAUACCACUGCACAUGCUAUACUAAUGCUCGCACAUAAUUUUCCCUACAAUGAGGUUGACUUUCGCGGUACCAGGAAGGUAAUAGAUUUGAACAGACGUACGUUAAAUUGCGCGGGAAUUUGGCCAGAAAGGAUUCACGAGCCAGUUUUCAUUUUUUUCUCUAUUUACUUGGCCGUACAUUGUACAAUGGGAGUCGUCUCGAUUACCGAUAACAUGUCGGACAUGGAAUAUAUUAUCGGUUGCAUAGAAGAGAACAUUUUCAAUUUUAUGACGCUAAUGAAGAUAUGCAUAUGCAGAAUGAAAAGCAAUUCGUUGGCCAAAUUUUUAAAGGAGAUCAAAGUCGAUCUUAUUCCAGAAAGAUACAAAACCGAUGAGGAAAAGAUUGCCUUUUUAAAUUAUAACAAUUUUAGUGUAAAGUUGGUCAAGGUCACUAUAGUAUCAUGCGUAAUAGCCGCUACGUUGUAUUAUCUAUCCCUUUUAGCUCCCAACGUUGAAAUGGUCGUGGCAAAUUCGUCUUAUGGAUACAUAUUGCCAUACAAAAGUCGUCCGCUGAUUGAACCGACUAAUCUGACAAUCUACAUCUGUCUUUGUCUGUAUCAAUUUUUAAUAGUACUAAUUAUAAUCUUCGGAUACGUCGGAACUGAUUGUCUAUUCAUCAGUUUGGUACUCCACGUCAGCGGUCUUUUUUCUGCACUUUCCUGCAAAGUAAAACACGUUUUGGAGAAUCCGGAGAAUCGUAAACGUCGAAUAAAGAAAUUAAUUUUGCGACACAUACGUCUAGUACGAUUAGCUGAUUCUUUGGAAAGUUAUUUCAACAUACUGAUAUUACAACAAUUAUUGGGAAGUACCCUUCAUCUUUGUCUUCUUGGUUACGACGCGCUCGUUUGUAUAUCAGCUGGAGAGGAAACAAAGUUAAUCGCUUUUGUCAUAAUCGCAGGUUGUGUUUUAAGCACGCUAAUGGCUUAUUGCUAUAUCGGAGAGUGUCUUAUUAAUGAAAGUACGUCCUUUGGUGAAUCAUUUUAUCACUGCAAAUGGUACAACAUAUCGCAAGAGGAGAUUAAAUUAAUACACAUUUGUAUGGUACGAUCGUCAAAACAAAUGGAACUGACAGUAGGCAAAUUCUUUGCGUUGUCGUUGACUACAUUCACAGAUGUGAAUCAAACCAUUCGAGAUCGUGGGCGUUUAUCUACUUCACGAAAGAUAAAUCGCGAUCGAUGGUGUAUGGCCAUUGAGAAAAAGUUACGUUCGAUUUCUUUGUUCAUAGACCUUCCAGAAAACUCAAAUGCUUAA